CAGACAGACAGACAGACAGACAGACAGAGAAAAUUUGUGGAAAUGAAAGACGUUAAGAAUACUUUAUAGUGAAUGCGCUCUGCUAUUUUCCGAAUCUUGAAAGCUGCAAAAGGCUGUACAGCUCGUCUUAGGAGUGGCAUCGAGAAAAAACCGGGCAAUCAAGCACACCACAACUACGAUUAUAGAGCUUAGGAUCUACUUUUACCACUUGGGACGACCACAAAUACUAGACUCAUCAACAGGCCUGCCUGAAUAACGCCAAAAUGGCGGACCUCGAGCAUUUCGAUCCCGACCAGUCGAUAGACGAGCGACGACAGAUCCAGCGUGGCAUGCGCGAGCUCGAAAAGCAAACAACCGAAGAACAAGAUGAGCUUCUCGCCGCAGAUGGACGAGUCUUUGUCGACAAGCUGAAGAAAUCAGAUGACUGGAUUCGCAUGACCAAGCAGACCUCGGAGGCCCAAAUUGAUUCACGCUUCUUGGUGCGUAUUUCGGAGCUUGCAUAUCGUCGCUCCGUCAAAGUCACCGCUGGCAGCGCGGUAAACGGCAUCGAUGUCGACGAGUUCGUGUCGAAGUGCAUUACUUACAUGAAGCACGGCGGGGGGAUCGUGAAUGAUGACCAUGUCGAGCUGUCACAUACCCAGCACCAGCGCCGAGGAAUGGGCAGGGGCAGGGCUGCGCCCACGACUAUUGCAGAGGAUGACGAUGAGGUGGGAGAUAGCGGUGACAUGCUCGACUGGGCGCACUUUGGCAAGUACGCUGCGAUACCACACAUCCGUCGUCCGGCCGUUCCGAACCACCUCCUCGGCCCUCUUUCGGUCGAGCGCAAGGUCAGAAAGAUCGGCAAAAGGACGGCACCUCUACGAGUUGCAAACCUGCAAGAAGUUAGACCAGAAGUGCUGGACCCCGAUGCCAUGCGUGGUGCCGAGAAGAGUGACCUGUCUGCUAUGUGCGGCAGGAUUCUACGGCAGCUGGAAGAAGGACAGGCAUCCGCACAAGAGGCGGUUGAGCAGGCGGUGAAUAGAGAGCUGCCCCCAGAACUACGGGAGGACCCUGACGCGUUGCGGCCGUUCUACUCGCGCUUCGGCGUCCGCGAUACGGGCGGUAUCGAUCUUCUCCGGUUCGCCGUGAACCCACACUCUUUCUCACAAACAGUCGAGAACCUGUUUUACAUUAGCUUCCUCAUCCGCGAUGGAAAGAUAGCCUUGGAGUUCGAUGACGACGGGCUCCCAUCCAUUGCAACGAUUGACCAGGAUGAUGCGGAAGCAGUGGAAAAAGGCAAAGCCACACGUCACCAGGCUGUCAUCUCCCUGGAUGAGGCAUCCUGGAAAGAUGUCGUCAAAGCCUUUAGUAUUACAAAGAGCAUGAUACCCCACAGGGACGAGCCAGUACAACGACCUGGGGCACGAGGCUGGUACAACUGAAAAGAUUGGGCUUCCCUAUCAAGCAAACCCCGCGGUGUUGCGCACGCAUCGCAGCAACGCUUUGAGGACCCUGUUCUGGAUUGCUGGGCAGUGCUCAGUGACAUCCGUUUUCAAUCAGACAACCAUCGCGGUUGCCAUGAUACUCACUAUGCUCGGUCGAUUUGAACCGAGCGUCAUCAACCCAAAGUCGGGACAAACAAAGGACCCUAGGAGGCGCCUUUUACCGUACAGUUCUGGACCAUAAAGUGACUGUAACUCUCAUCUUGUCGGACCUGCCGAAGAGACAGACAUGGCAUUGCAAUCACCAUUUCAAGAUGCAAGCAGGAUCUUGUCCCGAGCUCGAGUUUGUUUGAUGUCUGUUCACAAGUGUCGAAUCGACCAAUCCGCUAGUAAAUUGUCUUCCUUCAAGUGUCUCGGUACAUUCUUUGUCAACUUGGUUACUGCAUUCGACUCGACCAAGUCUGUCAAAGCUCAGCACAUAUCUUGGUGGGGUCAUGAGAGCAUCAUGGGGCAAAAGAAAGGUUCUUUGUUCCUCGAGGUUUGAUCGCCUCCGGUGGUCUUUUCAGCGAGACCAGAAUGGCUUGCAAGACACAACUCGAUGAUGCAAUUUCUCCAGCCAACAAAACCUUGGUCAUAAACUUCUCUGCUAGCACGAAUUACAAAGAGAGUAUUUUGAGAGUGUUAUGAUUGCGGCAAACCUCCUUGGGUAAGCCUAAGGGCUUGGCAACUGGAAACUAAGACAAAGGCUUGACCAAGACCGCACCCUUUGUGUCGGACGAGAGAAGCAUUCCAGUCCUCAAAAUACGUGAAUCGCUGGUAAGCUAGCGCGAUUCCCCGUCUCCUUUGUAUUACCAUCUAUGUUUGUCUCACCAACUGUUUUCGGGAUACAACACCACCAGACGAAUCCAAUACUCUCAGUCUCUACUCGAAUAUCUGAAUCAUGG